AUGUAUAAGACAAACUUUGAUAGUGUAGUCUUUGCAGAAUCUAGAGAGGCAAGAAUUGGAGUUGUAAUUCGGAAUUCAAAUGGCGAGGUGGUAGCGUCGUUAUCUAAGAAAAUUCCUUACCCGGAUUCUGUGGAGGUCUUGGAGGCCCUAGCUGUAAGAAGGGCAGCUCAAUUUGCAGUGGAGGUGGGUACAUGUCAAUCUGUGUUUGAAGGUGACUCAGAGGUGGUGUGCAAAGCGUUGAAGGCAGCUGAUGGUGGCCACCCGUCUAUUGGUCAGUUUGUUAAAGACUUUUUGUCUACUAUGAGUUCGCUUAGAACUUUCUCUUUUUCUCAUACAAGGUGGCAGGGCAAUAGUGUAGCUCAUACCUUAGCUAAGAGAGCAAGAGGGUCAUUACCCUUGUUAGUUUGGAUGGAGCUUGUUCCUUCGAAUAUUUAUGAGUUUGUUGUUUCUGAUUUUGUUUCAGCUUAA